AUGAAACUUCAACUCUUGGCUCUCCUUUCGCUCGUAGCUAGCAUUUAUGCCUUCCCUUCAUUGGAAAGCAACGUUUAUGAGUUAGGUCAGCCAAUCCAGAAAAAUGAUGCGGAAGACAGAAUCAGAGAAGGAUUUGCGAAAUUUAUUGAAAAAAUUCAAAAUGAAGGUUAUGAUCCGUUCGAAAUAGACAGGAGAGAGAUUAAUAUGAACAUUCCAAUCGUAGGACUUGUAUUUAACGCUUUCAUUGAGAAUGUGCGAAUCUCUGGACUCAGUGACAUUCGCAUCAGCAGAUUGGAAUACAGUUACCGCUUGAACAGAUUGCUUAUUGAUGUAUACAUUCCCGAAAUUGAGGUUUUAUUUGACAACACUAAAUUCGGAGCCGUUAUCCGCAGAAAAGAAUAUGAAGGUGAUAUGAAUGGCAAUGUAUAUAUAAACGAAUUCCGUAUCCGAGGUGUUGUUUACGUUAAUGUCGAUGUCAUCGGGCAAGUCUCUCUUCGAAGUAUUUCAUUGGACUCCAGCCUUAACGGUAUUGAGGCCAACAUGAACGCUGUGAUUAAUGGAGAGGAUAGUUCUGAAUACAUGAACAAUCUGUUCAGCGUAAGGAUCCCCAACUACUUCAAUGAAAACAAGGCAAGUAACAAAUUAACCUUUGUUAUACAGGGUGACUGGUGA